UGCGCACUGUGCGCAGAAUCUUUCUUUCACUCGCUCGCCAAGCAGACACAUUUCUGCCAGCUAUCGCCAGGGUUACUACGCAUUUCUCGAUUCAUUUGCGCUUUGACGAUUCAGGCUGCAACGUUCCUCAAACGCGCUUACGCUGUGCUGGUUAACGGUUAUUUUCCACCUUCUAAAAUUAACAUUCAACAAUCAUUAUGACAAUCGGCAACUACAAGAAGUAUCAGGCCCAGCGCAAGAAGCAGGCGACCCUGGCGGCGGCAUUUCCUCAGGGGAUACGUUGCCAGAAAUGCCUGGAAUACGGCCACUGGAGCUAUCAGUGCAAGAACAAGCGCAAGAUCCUGGUCUCUCCAUCUCGUACUCAAAUUCUUAAGAAGAAAUUGAAGGAGAAAGGGGAGGGUGGUUCUGGCGGAUGCAGCAAUGGCCAAUGCAAGAUCUCAAGGAAGAAAUGUAAAGACAGUGGUUGCUCUGAUGGAAUGUGUGGCAACAGUUCGUCAUCAUCAUCAUCAUCAUCAAGCUCGGACAGCUCUGACAGCUCGAGCAGCAGUGAGUCUGAAAGUGAUAGCGAGAGUGAGUCAGACAGUGACUCCUCGGACUGCUCAGAUUGUUAAUAAUUUAUAUUUUUUAUUGUGAAUAUUCAACUUCAUAAUGCUCUUACUGAUGGCAAGGUAAAUGUUAAUUUGUUACUCAAAAUCGAAAUUAUCAAUUUAUAAAAUACCUACAUAUUAUCCUUAAAAUUGUUUGACCAUUGCAUGCAUGUGUAACUUUUUUCAGGUAAAUAGGUAGGUAUCUUAUUUAAAUAUUGUUGCAACUGAACAAGCUCUCAUUUGAUGAAGUUGAAUAAGAUUCAUUUCUCAGCUGAUUUGUGACCUGACAUGUGAUUACUAUUAGUUUAAUUGAAUUUACUGCUGAGCAUUGUGGUCGAGCUUAAAUUAGGGUAGUUGCAAAUUGCCAAAAGACUGUUAUUUGAUGUACCUAAUUCAUAAAAAAAUAGCAAUUUACAACUAUUCCAUGAUACAAGAAUAUAGAUAUUUCCAAAUAAUAUAGUCAGUGUAGUAGAAAAUGUAAAUGCUGGUCGUUUAUGUGUAAUGUUUAGUGUUUAAUUGAAUAAUUAUGUUGAAUUUGCAUGUUAGCUGUCGGAGAAUGGUGUAAUUUCUUGUACAAGGGGUUUGAAGAUGUGGCUCAUUUUACGAAUUAGUUUACCCUCAUUCAUAGAUUCAUAAAGAAUGUCAUUGGAUGCAUUUUCUUUAACAGAUUAAGUAUGAAUCAAAUACCAUAAUAUCAUAUUUAGUAUUCCCAUGACCCUUAUCUUAAAGGCAUGAUGCACAAAGUAGAAUUGAAAUUAUAAAGCGCACAACAGACUUUUUCAAACCCCUUUAUAAUGGAAGAUUGACAGAUAGAUAGAUAUAGCCUUUAUUAUGGACUUAUUGUAACAAUUUUCUUUUUUUUUUGCUUAUACAUGAAAAAGAAAUAAAGAUUCGUAAUGGAAGAUUGACGAUUGAAAAAAAUGCGUUUUUAUUAAUUUUAUCAUUGAAUCUGAUCCAAAAUUACAAUAUAUAUUGAAAUAACUAUAGUAAUGUAUUUUCUCUAAGAGUUUUAAAACUGCCUGAAUGUCAAAAAAAUAAUAAUUUUAGAGUUUUGACUGUACUUACUAUGUGGCUUGUAAUAAUGUAAUGUAGACAUUUUAGUAAGAUUGUAAAUUUAAUGUUAUACUCCAAUUAAAUUAUGCAGUUAUAUAAAAUUGGUUGACCUGUGCUGAGUAUAUUUCCUCAUUGGUGCGUAACAUUUAUUUUUUUAUUAGUAUCUCAAUUUUGCAAAGCUAUUUAACUUCAAACAGUACCUAUUCUGUUUUUAACUUUCGCUCGCAAAUUUAUGCAUGCAAUCAUAUUCUGAAUAAAGGCAGAGGAGGGUAGCAUAGUACCUCGUAUGCACAUGAGUUGACA